GUGGACAGAGGAGACGAGAGAAGGACUCGACCCAAGGAGCUGCUUUCUGAUAUGCGCAUUUAGUCUAUCAUUAACCUGGUAGACAUCUCAACGGGUUCUCCGGCUGCUGUCCUCUUACUACGGAGAUUCUCCUCUGUCUUCUGAUACCUGGAUGGGUGCCUGAUCCUAGUGACACAAUGAGUGGCCCUGAGGUGGAGGAGCAUAUAUCCCAGAAAUAUGAUAUAAAGAAACGUCUGGGAAAAGGGGCUUACGGCAUAGUGUGGAAAGCAAUCGAUCGCAAAAGCGGAGAAAUUGUUGCUGUGAAAAAAAUCUUUGAUGCGUUUCGGAACCGGACAGAUGCUCAGCGAACGUUCCGGGAAAUCAUGUUUCUUCAGGAAUUUGGGGAACAUCCAAACAUCAUCCGGCUUCUGAAUGUCAUCCGAGCUCAGAACGAUAAGGAUAUUUACCUGGUGUUCGAGUAUAUGGAAACUGAUCUUCAUGCUGUGAUAAAGAAGGGAAACCUACUGAAGGACAUACAUAUGCGUUAUAUUAUCUACCAGUUACUGAAAGCCACCAAAUUUCUCCAUUCUGGGAAUGUCAUCCACAGAGACCAGAAGCCAUCUAAUAUCCUACUGGAUGCUGACUGCCUUGUGAAACUCUGCGACUUCGGCCUGGCUCGUUCCUUGUAUCAGAUCCAGGAGGAUGCCGGGAACCCAGCGCUCACAGAAUACGUCGCCACGCGUUGGUACAGAGCUCCAGAGAUUCUGCUGGCCUCUCACAGAUACACAAAGGGUGUAGACAUGUGGAGCGUGGGCUGUAUUCUGGGCGAGAUGCUGCUGGGGAAACCCCUCUUUCCCGGCACCUCCACCAUCAACCAGAUCGAGCGUAUCAUGAAUGUCAUCCCAGUCCCCACGCAGGAAGAUAUCCUGGCUAUAAAAUCAGAGUAUGGAGAAUCUGUCAUCGGCCGUAUGAACCAUCG